UGCCCCCCCGCCCCCUCCGAAACUAAAAAAGGAGGAGGAGAAUAGGAGGUCCGCUCUCCUCCCCUCUCCACGGAGAGCCUGGAAGAAUUGCGCUCGGUCCGUGCGCCCUGCCUUGCCAGUCGGAGGAUGGGGAUUUUUUUCCAUUCAUCCACGUCCCCUUUUCCCCUCCUCAUCCUCCGCCUCCUCUCAAACAAGCCAGUCGCUCUGUCAGUGCGCUGCGAGCAUUAGGGCGAGUCAAACCGGUGGGAUUUUUGAGGCGCGCAGACGGAUGAGAUAACUGCACGGAGAGCGCGCUCCUCGGGCCGUUUCGUUCCUGCGCUCCGUCGGAAAGACGUCCGAUGCCCGCUGAGUCGCAUCUUUAUUUUCUUCACCACUUCACAAGUUUCACGCCGGCCUGCGUGUGGCAUCGUUAGGAGGGACUCGCUUUUCCAGCUCUUUGGCUUGUUCCUGUCAGUUUUUUUUUGUCCUCUGAAUUUGCUCUCGGAUUAAUUUUCGAGCUGGAUCUUGGUUUCCUUUUUUUUUUUUUACUGUAGAAACGAACAUAUUUUGUGGAUUUACUGCCUCUGCAUUUUCUGGCAAAUAAAAGAGAAAGAGAAAGGAUUGUACUUGACUCCCUCAGCAUCAACACGUCUUUUUUUGUAUGAGGAUGGAGCUGUGGAUACAAGUGGCAUCUUUCUCGUUUUAAACACAUUCCCAGCUGUUUUUAUCUCUCUUUUGUCUUCGUCUCCUCAACAAAGUGACCAUAUUUAAAUUCGGCUGAGCCAGAUAUGCUCGGACGUGAGAGAACAAGGUAAUGGGAGAGAAAUCAGACAGAGAGAGCCAAAGAGAACAAGGGAACGUUGUUCAGCGAGGAAAACAGACAAUUAGGGCGCACAGAAAAGGCUUCUGCUUUCUGGAGGCGAUAAUCUAUUAAAAAAAAAGCCCAAUUCAGUGGAGAUCUGCUUGAGCCCUAGUGUGAGUGUUUUCUUUUUUUUUUUGUAAAGAAACUGUUUCUGGUGAGAAAUGAAUGGGGAAGUCACGGGAAUGGCUCUGAAAUAGUGCGCAGAAGAACCUGUCGAUUUGGAGACCAGGACGCACGGAUUGAACAAGUUUCUCCUCCAGCAUUCAGCAUUUCGGAUCCAUGUGGUUUUGCGCGGCUGGCUCCUUGAUCCCACUGUAACUCUGUAUGCCUUUAAUCCUGAUCGGUUGAUCCGUCCAUUGUUUUGAAGCGUCUAGCUGCAAAAAAAAAAAGGAAGAAAAAAAUUAUUGAAAGCAGCUCUGCGAGCCCCUCCGGCGAUUAUUGUUGCUUCCUUUUCGAUGGGGCCGCACAUGCUGGGUGUCAGGGUAGAGAUGGCGUGUCGAAGGAGCGGGAAUGGAUUGUGGGUCCUGCUGGUAUUCCUACUGGAUUUACUGGGAACCACCGCCAGCAACAUGGAGCCCAUCUACUGGAAUUCCAUGAACGAAAGGUUCAGUGACGACAAGGGCUACGUUCUCUACCCUCAGAUCGGGGACCGGCUGGACCUCAUCUGCCCCCCGCUGGACACCGCCCGCUCCACGCCGGAGUACGAGUUCUACAAGCUCUACCUCGUGUCGACGCGGGAGCAGGCGGACCACUGCGAGGUGAUGGGCACGCCCAACAUCGUGCUGACGUGCGACGAGCCCACACGGGAGCGCCGCUUCACCAUCAAGUUCCAGGAGUUCUCGCCGAACCUCUGGGGCCACGAGUUUAAGAGCAUGCACGACUACUACAUAAUCGCCACGUCGGAUGGGACGCGUCAAGGCCUGGACAGCAUUAGAGGAGGCGUGUGCGCUACGAAAGGCAUGAAGGUGGUCCUGAAAGUGGGACAGAACCCGUACGGACUGCCCCCGAAGAAGGAGCAGCAGCCAGAGGAACCCAUGACCAAAAGAGAGCAACGUGGAAACACCACCCGAGCUCGAAGGCCCUAUGUUGAUGAAGGCAACGGUGAAAACGGACCCCUCGAGUCAACCAACAUCGCCUUCAUCGCUGGUGUCGCAGGAGGCUCCGCCUUCCUCCUGCUGGUCACUGCCGUGAUCUGCGUCGUGUGCUACCGCCGCAGGCACGCCAAGCACUCCGACACGCACCACCCUCCUCUGUCGCUGUCGUCCCUCACCAGCCCCAAGCGCGGCGGUGGCGGCGGCAUCACCAGCUCCAACAACAACGGCUCAGAGCCCAGCGACAUCAUCAUCCCCCUGCGGACGUCGGACUCGGCCUACUGCCCGCACUACGAGAAGGUGAGCGGGGACUACGGGCACCCCGUCUACAUCGUCCAGGAGAUGCCGCCUCAGAGCCCGGCCAACAUUUACUACAAAGUAUGAGGCAGCCAUCUGGACACGAUCGCCUUCCUUCAACCACAACCAGCCAAUCACACCCAACAUCUCUUAAAUGAAGCCACUACAGAAUCUGCCAUCAUAGCUCCAAACUGGAUCGCCUCAGUAGUACCAGUAUUGUCCUUCGGAAACCCCCACCCUACUUGCCCUGGCCACUGUUGUGUUUCUAGCUGAAUAACCCCCCCUUCCUUCCAUAACCCUAUUUCACACAACUAGGCCAUUAAGUGUGAGUGAGGGGUUAUGUUGUAACCGCACAUAACCCUUCCUAACAAGGCCCUCAUGAUUGGGCAAGAGGCUCUGAAUUCCCUCUUCUUGUUAUCGCAGAGCCCCCCACCCUUUAACGUGCCACACACUUUUUUUUAAGAGUGUGAACAUGGUGUUGGGAUAUUUUAAAAGAAAAAAAAAAGCCUGAAAGGACUUUGAAAAGAGGACUACGCUCCUGGACCCACUUGGCACCAAUGAACUCUGAUUCUCAGAGAGCCACACCCGCCUUGCCCAGCACCCCACCCCCCUUUUAGAUCUCUAUCAUCCAAUCAGAGACGAGCCCCUUGCCGCUAACUCAACAAUAGCCUCCUAGUUUGUUCGUGUUUGUUUCAAUGGAGAAAACAGGCUUGGGGGGGGUUCUCGGACUCACACCCUGAGCCGACACCGGAUCCCCGGACGAGGUCUGACCAAUCGGUGACUCUCAGAAUCGUGUAUAUUUUAAUAAAGCGUGUGUUUGUGUGACUGUGCGCGAGCGUGCAAAACAGUUGGGUGAUAAUUAUGGCGAUGCUGCUGCCGCUCCACAUUAGAGUGCAGUUAGUGUGCUUCAGCAAGUUUGCAUACAUGUGAAUGUGUGUGUGUGCUUUUCUGUGUGUGCGUGUGAGUGUGUGUGUUCUUUAGACUUGUCUUAAAUACCAAAACACAAAAUAGUGAGCGAAUAUCAAAAAAGUGAGAUUUUUUAUGGCUAUCAACACUUAUAGAUUAUAUAUAUGAAUAUCCAGUAAAUAAUUUCUAGAUGUUUUUUAUUGGUUUAUUAUUUUUACCCACUCUGUUAAACUACACUUCUGUUUCUAAAUGUUUUUAUUUACUUUUUAUUUUUUGCCUAUUUCCUGCCCUUUUGCCUUUAUAUUUUGCAGUGCCUUGCAAAAGUAUUCACACCUCCCAAAAGUUUUCACGUUUUGUCACGUUGCAUCCAAAGACUUCAAUGUAUUUGUUAGGUUUAUAUGAAGAUAGACAAACGCAAAGGGCUACGUAAUUGAGAAGAGGAAGAUAAAGGAAGCAAUAUGAAGAUUCUGGCAUUUGUCUGAAUUCACCCUCAAUUACUCAUAUUUAAUAAAAUGCAGAACAACCCAUUUUAAGCCACAAACAUAUUUUCCUCCAGCAUUGCUCUGUAUUCAUCAUCAUCCAUCUUCCCACAAGAUGCAUCCCCAUCCCAGCGUGCAAAUGUUUUCACUUCUCCAUAAAAGCCAGACAUAGAAACCAGUAAUUUAAUAAGGAUCAAUAGUGCAGUAAAGUUUUGCAGCCAUUAAUAUAAACCAUUUCCCACUAAUGUUAGUCACAAAACCAAUGUCCUUUCUAAAUUUAAGAACGUUCCAUUAUGUGAUCCAUCUACCAAAAGCACCAAUUUAAUUCAGUUGUAUUCACAUAUCUGGCAAACAAUAAAUAUUACUGCCCCAUUGCCUAUUUCUAUUUCUGACUAUCAAGCUGCACAAAACCUGCAAAACCAGACAACUUCAAAAAAACGUAUCAUUGCAUGCACCAGCUGCAAGUAUUACAGUUUGCAAUUCUUAAAUCUAUGUGAAUAAACCGUAUAGCAGGGACAAUUGUCUGUUUGUGGCUCAGUAUUCACACAUUACUGUAUAUUUGGUGCACAAUGAAGCUCACACACAUAAACUUAUUAAAAUAGCCAUUUAUAAGCUUCUUCAGAAGGAGGUUUCAGAAAUGUUAGCUAUUCGCAGGCAGCAGUGUUUGGCUGUAAUAACUUUAUUGGCAAAAUAUUAAAUUGAUGGCUCAAAAACUGGCAAGUUAUUGCCUUAUUGGCUUAAUGGCCAAAAUAAUUAUGUUAUCGAUCAGUAUUGUAUCGCUGGUAAGCAAAUUGAGGAUUGUGUGGAUAAUAGUUGUCGAUUCUGUAGAAGAGUUAAAGCAGCUUGACUUUGAAGGUUUGCAGUCAUGCAGUGUGUUGUAUCGGUCUAUCAAUGUGUUGACGUUUGGGGUUGUGUUGUGACAAAACGUGAAAAAGUUCAGACGGUAUGGAAACGUUUGCUGGACGCUGUACAUUAACUAAAAUCCCUGGUUUUUUGGAAGUUGUUUCUCUGUUUUCAUUCUCUCCCUCCUCCUCCCGCCCGAGGUCAACUCUGUGUAUAUUUUUAUAGCUCAUCGUACUAUGCUGUAGUUUUGAGGUCUAGACCUCAUUUUUGUGGAAGUGUUGAGGUAGAACCAUCAAUGAAAGUUUUUCUGUUAUUUUUUUUCUUUCGUUUUAAAAGGCAGACGUAAAAGAAGCUGGGGUAGGGGCGGGGUGGUGGUGAUGGAGGACGGGGAAGGGGAAAGGUAAAGAGAGAGAGAGGACGACUUGAAAAAAGAAGAACAAAGAAGAGAGAGAGCGCUGUCUUGGGAGGAGGAAUAAAGCGGCGUUUGAAUGCAGAACUUUAAGGAAAAGAAAAAAAACGAGCGGGAGGGAGAUGAGGAAAGACGAGACUGUGAAGCAAACAGGAAAAAAAUAGGAGCAGCAGGAGUAGUAGAUGAAGGAUCCAGUAGAAGGAAGGAAGGAUGGAUGGACGGAGAGCACAUGAAAGAGUGGCUGGCGAAGAGGAGAACCCUCUGAGGUGCUGGACUGUCAGCCAAAAAAAAAAAAAGAGAGAAAAAUCCUGCAAAAAAACGGACUUUCGGAGGAGUUGAACUCUACACGCACGCAAAACAUCCACACACACACAUCCACUGUGACUCCGGCACGUUUCGGAUGCGUUCCUCUCUUUCUCCCGCCAAAAUUUUGUGUUGAAACACGCACACACACACACACGCUCUCAGAUCUCACACUGUUUUUUAACGACUGCCGAGCAACAUUCUGCAAACACGCUCACCCACACUCAACAUAAGAAAACGUUGCUUUCGUCUGAUCUGUGUUCCUGUGAAUCACCUGACGGACGGGGAAGGGAUUUAAAAAAGAAAAAAAGAUUGAUUGUGCUGUGUUUUCCUCCCUCCUUCACACACACAUACAUACAUAAACACACACCAGUGCCCUGCACCUCGACCUCAGAGAGCAGCAGCCCGUCGCUGUGUGGGGAGGUGCUUUAUGUUCACCUUGUGCAUACUAAUAAAGCUGUUUUUGUGUUGCUCAGACAUGUUUUUUGGCUUAUGUGUAAAACCGCGGAGAGCUUAUGCUUUUUUCUUUUUCUUUUCAACUUUGUGCAGACACAUGAAGACUCCAGUGUUAUUGCCAUGUUUCCUGUGUGAAGCCAGUGUUAAAAAUCUGAACCUUUCCACAUUUCUCAGCCGUGUUUUUGUAUCAGUAUCAUAUAAUCCUUCAUACCUAAGUGUCGCAUUCGUCUAAAAUGACUUUGUUCCACACAUGACGAUGUUUCUUUUUUAUUUUCUUCUUCUUUAAUACCACGGAGGAGUUUGGAUUGUAUUUUGACUGUAUUAAAAUUGAUUUUGGAAAAACAAAAAGACAGAGAGAGGGGGGAAAAGCACCUCAAAUUCUCCUUUUUUUGUAUAAUGAUCAAUAAUUUCUUUCCUUUUUUUAAUGAAUGAUGUUUAAGUACUUCAAAGGAAUCCUCCAAGCCAAAUGAAGUGUCUGUUAUUCUCUGGAAUUACAAAAUUUGACUAAGAAAGGGGGAAUGGUUAAAAUUUCUGAACUCAAAUGAAACAACAAAAAAAUACUUUCUGGUCUAUUUUCCUGCUUUUUUCCUCUCAGCAGAAUGUCAGCUGCAGUCUAAUCAAAAGUUUACAUCCAUCUUUCAUCGGCUUUCAUGAGACGAUCAGUGAUUUCGGUCUGAACCAUUCCUCUUUGGGCUGGGAUGAUGAUAUGACAUGCAACUUCAAACAAUUGACACAAAGGUUAUUUACACACACUGGUUUGGAAUCUUCACCUUCAUGUCAUUCAUUUGUCAAUCUUUGUCCAUUGUGACAAAUAAUAUUUCUCAAUAGAGACUUUGGUGUGUCCCUCAUGAGCAGCUGUAAAUUUAAGUUGAACUUAGAGGUGUUGGUUUUAACAAGGCAAUUUUCAGAUGUUAUUAUGAAGCCAAAUUUCUUUAACAUUGACAUUAUGAAAACUGAAGAUAAAAAAGUCACUUGAUUAUGCUGUAAAAUGGCACUGUGUGGCUGGAGGACACACCUUUUAAAUUAACUCUAUAAAAAGACUUGUCAAACAUCCAGCAAAGCUUUCUGGCUCUUACAAAAGGCUGUGAUUGAGGUACAAUUUGCUAAGGGAAAUUUCACCAAAUAUUAGUGGAUUUGAAUGUAUAUAUUAGAGCCUGAACAACCACAACAAAUCCAAGUUUCGGCACCCGUUCCUUGUUUAAAAAGACAUUCAUUGAAUAAUCAUUCCAAGUUAAAAAAAAGGACGGUUUCGACUGCAUCAUUGGGAGUGAGCAGUUUGCUUAAAUUGAACCCCGAUGACGACUUCAUGUAAACUUUUGAGCAGAGCUGUACCUUUUGGACUCAGUUCUUCUCCUUUAUCUUCAUGAAGAUGUUAUAUCUCAAAGUUGUGUCUCUAGCUCUCACUGUUUCUCAAGUUUUCUAAGAAAAGAAGAAAACAAAAAAGAAGAAAAACCUCGGACCCAGCCCACGAUUUUUUUUUUUUAUUUUGAAAAAGAGAAAGAAAGUGCUGUUUCUGUGGUACAGAGGAGACAGAGAGAGAGAGACAAAAAGAAAACCGCUGCCUCAUCUCCCCGUUGGUAAAAACUGUGUGUAUGUGCAUAAAACGUGCGUGAGCUUCUUUGUGCCAAUAGCCGGCCAGCGGAGGCCGCCGGUCGACGCGGCGCUCCUAUGUGACGUGUUGCGACUUUGUAUUUUGGGGACACCUCUGUGUGAAAAGAGUUGUUUUUUUUUCUUCCUCUGUUUGUCCUCUCCUCUCUUCCUUCCUCCCCUUCCCCAUCUCCCUUUCUUUGCUCCUCACCCGCCCUUUCCCCUUCCAACACACCUCUAAAGAGAGGAAAAAUUAGUACAUUCCUGGUUUGGAAAAAAAAAAGAAAAAAAAAAGAUUGAAUAAAAAAACAAACAAAAAUGUUUAAGCACCACA